AUGCCUGGGAAGCCUGGAAAGGGAAAUAUCUUUAGCCGAAACAAGGAUGACGCAGUUGAGGCGCAAACCCAACUCUGGCGAGCCAUGUGCGACAAGCCUCAGUCCAUCCGCAAGUACUUGGCCGAGGAUGCUGUGGUGACUGAUCCCAGCAACGAAAUCUACUCGCCCGACAGUGAGCCAUCACUUGAUGACUAUGUCGAGCAUUUUGAGCCUUGGACAGCAUACCGCAUACACGACGAUCCAGCAUUUGUGGAGAUUGACAUGAUGAGCUCUGCGCUCACCUACCGCGUCACGGCCUGGCGUCAAGAUAAAAAAGGCAAGAUGAUCCCUACUGAGGCGCUGUGUUCCACUGUGUGGCGCCAGGACGCCGGGGGAGAUUGGAGGUGCUGCGUUCAUCACAUGACGAAGAUCUGA